GGUACCCCACUUGAGCACUUUAGGCGACGUGGAGGUCCAUGAUUGGUGGAUGAUCCUAGAAGCGCAAGGCCACUGAGAAAAUAUCCAAUUAUCCUGGAGACAAAGAAAUAUCUCCAGCCUCAACAGCAACACUCAAAACAGACACUGAUUAUGCAGCACAAGCAGAGGAUAUCUAACACAAGCAAACUCUCAAGGACCUAAAAAAGAGCAGCGUAGGAUAUGUCAGCCUCUCUAGGAGCUGCUCACCAAUUCCUAGCGCCAAAACACUCUUAUAUUCAUCAUGUUUAUCUCAAUACCAGGAAGCCCGUUUCGAGCUGCAGGCAGAGAUAUGGAGUCAUCACCUGUUGCAGCGGAAAGACCAAGAGGAGCUUAAGAUCAGAGAAGAACUAUUACGAGGUACUCGGGGUUUCACCGGAUUCAGGCUCGCGAGAAAUCAGGGAGGCUUACAGGAAGUUGCAAAAGAAGCAUCACCCUGAUGUUGCGGGCCAAGAGGGUCAUGAGUAUACCCUGUUGCUGAAUGAGGCUUAUAGGGUGCUGAUGAGAGAUGAUCUGAGGAGAGACUAUGAUGCCAUCACCGGUCAAGCGAGGACAAGAUUCAGAAGAGACUGUUCUGAUAUAGGUUAUAGCUCAUGGAAAGGGCCUCUUAGAUCACAUGCUCUGUUUGUAGAUGCAAAUGCAUGCAUAGGAUGCAGAGAAUGUGUGCAUCAUGCAAGCAAGACGUUUGUCAUGGACGAAGAACUCGGAUGCGCUAGAGUGAGAGUCCAGUACGGGGAUGAUGAGCAAAAGCUGGAGGUAUCGGUGGAGUCAUGCCCGGUGAACUGCAUAUACUGGGUGGAGAAGGAAGAGCUGGGACUGCUCGAGUUUCUGACACAACCUCAGCCCAAGGACGGUUAUGGCGUGUUUGGAGGCGGCUGGGAAAGACCUUCAAACGUUUUCAUGGCAGCUAAGACCCUCUCCAAGCAACUCAAAGAACAACCUGCGACUGCCACAGCAGCAACUGAGGAAGAAACACCUGCUCAAGCUAAGGCACGGGCCGAUGCCAGUAUGAAGAUUAAAAUGGAGAAGUUCUCGGGAUUCUGGAAACUCGUCGAACAUUUCAGCUUUAAACACGUGGAAUAAGAAGUGAAUAAGCCGAUCAAGGAUUCGAUAGAGGUCUCUUUAGGAAACUCAAAAAAGUGCCAAGCAAUACAAUAGGUGAGAAAUUUGGCCAAAAGAAACACCAUAAGUGAUAAAGUACCAGCUACAAUGCAAGCAUUCUAUUGCAAGGAGAGGCUUCUCCAGUUCGUAUCUGUACAUUGCUUCGUGACUUGUAAUAGCAUUACAAUCAAAAUGAAAUCACAUCU